AUGGAAAACCUUCAUGAUGAACAAAUUAUUGAUUUUGAAAAGACAUGGCCAUCAGAACUUCCACCAAGUCAUCGAAAACUUAGCAAGCAAACCCUCGAUAUGAGAACAAAAGAAAAUAAAUGUUUAUCUGCCGAAAUGUUUGACGAAGCUGAGCAGUGUAGAGAUAUUGCCGAUUGGCUCGAGUUCAAUGACUUAAACGAACAAAAACUCAGAUACGAACUCGAUUUUAAUCGUGAAUUGCUCCGACUGAAACAAGCACAAGAGAAAGAACUAAAUUAUAUUAAGUUUAGAUAUGAAAAUAAAUAUGCUGAACUUAAAGCAGAAGAAGAACGCGAAGUUGCAAAGAUGGAACUGAUUGUUAGAAAUCUCAGAAGAAAGAUUAAACCUGAAGAUGAAGCAUUGCUUAUACAUGAUAAAAAGUUUUCAAUGGGAUUGUCUGAUUCAUCAGAAACAAGAUCCAAAAAUAUAUCUGCUUCAAAAAUUGUUUAUAAGAAUAUUAAGCCUUACUAA